AGACGCGCUGUUUCCGGUGUUUGAAAGCCGCGGACAUGGAGCUCGCGGUGGGCAGUGAGCCGAUGACCCUGGGCUCGCCCACGUCCCCGAAGCCGGUCUCUGGAGCUCAGUUCCUGCCCGGGUUCCUCAUGGGCGACCUCCCCGCCCCCUCCAGCCCGCAGCCCCGCCCCUUCGGCCUCGGCACGCCGCUCCUGGACCAAUCACAAGUCCUAGGUUCCUCUGUGUCCUCGGGCCCCGGCAGUUCGGUCCCUCAGCCCGUCGUCCCCACGCCCAAAGACAAGAGCGGGGCCCCUCCCGUCCGCAGCAUCUACGCCGAUCUGGCCGGAGCCGGGACCCCCGCCGCCCCCCACAGACAGGCGUUUCCCAUCAUGCACUCUCCCAUCUCGGCACGACUCGCCUCCACUCCAGGAACAGGGCAGCAGUUGUGUUUGUCUCCUGCUCAGGUGGACCCGUUCUACAGUCAGGGGGAGACACUGAGUUCUGAGGACCAACUGGACCAGACCUGGGUCACAGUGUUCGGGUUUCCUCCGGCCUCGGCCUCUUACAUCCUGCUGCAGUUCGCUCAGUACGGAAACAUCCUCAGACACUCGAUGGCGACUCCCGGUAACUGGAUGCACCUGCAGUAUCAGUCGAAGCUGCAGGCGCGAAAGGCCCUGUCCAAAGACGGGAAAGUGUUCGGAGACGCCAUCAUGGUCGGGGUCAAGCCCUGCAUCGACAAGAGUGUGAUGGAGAGCGCAGACGUCUCGUCUCCUCUCUCCUCGUCCUUCUCGUCUUCGGCUUUGCCCUCGACUCCUCGCUCCACCAUCAGACCCCUGAGCGCCCAACGCUCCUCUGCCAACGACUACCAGGUUGUUUCCGACAGACAAACGCCGAGGAAAGACGACAGCUUCGUGUCUAAAGCCAUGGAGUAUAUGUUUGGCUGGUGACCAUGGCGACCGCGAGUGUGUGUGUGCGUGUGCGUGUGAGAAAGUGUGUGUGCGUGUGCGCGAGUGCUUUUCUUUUACGAAUUUUUAAAAUGUUUGUUUCAAUAAAGCUCUUUAAACACA